AUGCGCAAGAAGAUGUGAGUUUCUGUCCAGUCCACACUGAGGCGCCUGUCUUUGUACUCAUUCUACCACCCUGCAUCCUCUUCGCAAUCUGUAGUCCCCUGGCAAAGCUGCUUCUUCGCGCAGUUCUUAGCGCUUCAAACACCUACAAGGCCACUUAUGUGGCCGCUCUGCUGGGUACACUGGUCCAAGCCGCAUUCAGCGUGUGGACAGCCUGGACGCUGGUGGCUAUAUAUGUCAGAUUCAGCGGUAGCGGAGGAACGGGAGGCAGUCGUGGCAAUGGCGCCACCACCGGGCUGGUCGUGUUGACCAUCUUCAGUGAGUGGUGAUUGCACAAAGGGCGCGCAAUCGAGAGAGGAGACAAAUGGGGAGUCCAGGAAAGAGGCGGCUCGUUGGCGCGCAAUCGAGAGAGGAGACAAAUGGGAAAUCCAGGAAAGAGGCGGCACAUUAGCUCGCUCACCACAGAGAAGCGCAAGCUCGGAAACGCGCGUGUGAGCCUGACGCUGUCCACACUCUGACCUGCAGACUGGUACUGGACUUCGGAGCUCAUCAAGGCAAUCACUUUCACCACCACUGCUGGAACGUACGGUGUGUGGUAUUAUUCCAAUGAUUCCAAGAAGGUCCCUCAUGCCACCCUUUCAAGCUUCAAGAGGGCAUCUACAUGGUCUCUUGGCAGUCUCGCCUUUGGAAGGCGAGUCUUGCAAACGGUGUAUGAUUGCGCAUAGACGAUAUCUGACAAUGUUCACGCCUACUCCACGCAGUCUCGUCCUCGCAAUACUCGACAUCAUCCGAGCUCUGAUCAACAUUCUCUCACAACAAGCAGCGCAAGAUGGCGAUAUGAUUGGGGUCGUGGUGGGCUGCAUUGCAUCCUGCCUGAUAGCCACGAUUGAUUGGCUCAUCGAAUUUUUCAACAGGUUGGCCUACGUCAACAUUGCCCUGUACGGCAAUGGAUACAUAGGAGCUGCCAAGGAGACAUGGAGGCUCGUCAAGCAGAAGGGCGUGGAUGCGCUCAUUCAGGACUCGUUGGUCAAUACCGUGUUCGGUAUCGGAAGGUGCGUCAAGACCGACAUAAGCGCAGAUCGAGAUCGUCUCGCUGACAGGUUCGAACGACUGUUGCAAUACCACUCCUCCCUGCGCCCUCUCAGCUUCGUCAUUGCUAUUCUGUGCGGCAUCACAGUGUAUGCCUACUUGACCGUCGUCAACCCCACCUACGUGCGAAACGACAGCAACUACUUUAGCGUCGUCAUCCUAUACGCGUAA